UUUAUGUUGGAAGAACCAUCGAUAAGAUGAACCCCAGCGAGGAUGUCACCCCUAGCGACGAUGUCACCCCUAGCGACGCUGUCACUCCCAACGACGAAGACGCCUCGAGGUCGGAGGGAACCGGCGGCAGCAAAGAUCCGUUAUCUGAAGCUGAGGUUCGCAGGAGACGCAUCCUAUCCAAGAUUAAGAUCCUGACCAUAGCGGACCUGCGCAGGGAAUGGCAGACGCGCUCCGAGGGCCAUGCCGAGAGGCAGCGGCUCAACCCGUUCAGCGAGGACUUCGACCGCGCGCACGCCAUGGAGGUCCGGCUCCGGAAGGGGGAUCGCGGCUACGGCCGGCCGGAGGAAGGUAGCAAGACGGAGGAGAGGGGGAUCCGGGCUCACAAGCACAUCCACAAGGAGAUCGACGAGCUCUGCUUGAUUAUACGAGACGUAGGGGCGCGCGGCAGAGACGGCAGCGUCAGGGUGACUUUCGGGAGGCUUUUCCAGAGAUACGUCCGGAUAUCGGAUAAAUUAGUGGGGAUUCUACUCAGAGCCCGGAAACACCAGAGACUGGAGUUUGAGGGGGAGAUGCUGUGGCAGGGGGUCCACGAUGAUGUCAUAAUCACCCUCCUGGAGUAGGGAGUGCGGUCAGCGCUGGUGUCCUGUGGGUCGGAUCGGAGCGGUUAUUAGCGUGACGUCACGUGUGUAAUUGUGAUGUUCCUGAGCCCGACGAGAUAUCGUUACCACACGCCCCAUGGAUGCUCCUGCCGGUGUCGGGGGCAUUUCAUUCUGUGCUUGUUGCCCGUUCAGAUGUUUCCUGCCCCGCGGAAAGCUCUUUGAGGGUACAAAACGGUUGCAAUUAGUUUUCACUGUCCACAAAAGUACUGGAUGUGACGAUUAAAUACGGCGGCUCCGUCAGCGGCUCUGUCAGCGGCCACUGUCAGCGGCUCUGGGCGCAACUCUGAGGGACACCGGGAUCUGCUGCCACCGGUGCCAACCCAUGUUAAAAACAGCAGUGCAUCGGAACCUCUGCCUAUACUAAAGGGUUAAUGUGUUUAUUUAUUAACACAUAUAUUUAUAUGGAGUGAAAUAAAGAAAAAUGUCUCAUUUGCUGAUA